GUCGUCCGAUUCACCUCCGAUUUGGUUAUCUCCAAGUGAGAAUGCGCCUACUCGGGCUGCUGUGCUGCAUUCUAAGGUUUCACCUUUAGACGUACCUCCUAUAGGUAAUCAUUGACUUUCACCGUGCCCGCACUUUGUGUUACCUUAGCCUGCUUCGUCCCCUCCCCCGCAAUGCCCCGGAUCAUCGUGACUCGAAAGUCACGGUGGUUGUUGCCUAACUCCACGCAGCGAAGCAUACCGGCAGGUGCUUUCAACGAUAUUUAGUAAAACCUUAAUAGAAUAGGAGUAUACUUCAGAAGUGCAUUCUUUCUUUUAUUUCAUUCAAUUUCGUCCUCUACCCAUCCCUCCAUAGAAGCGUGGUUGGCCGAUUUCGCGAAAGUCCAAUCAAGCUCUAGGUAGGUGGGUGUUGUUUAGGAGAGCUGUCUAAGUUAAGCUGUAAUUGGCCUCGGGCGCCUAUCGUGAGUCCGUUGGCCCACCCCCUCAACUACUACUCUGUUUGACGAACACCUUGCCCUUCCUCUACUCCGUGCGCACCCGCAUUUAGCCAAGGCUAAGGAUCCCUAGACCUGUAUAUGGGAACUCCCUUGCGCGUGGCUUACUCUAAUCCAACAUGGACGGCUUGGAGGUCUUUGUACCGAAUCUCCCUGUCGGCUUGACUGACCACAGCCUCCGAAAACAAUUGGAUCCUUACAUCACCGGCACACUCAACAUUAAAGACUGGACUUGCGAAAAGAACCGAGGGAAGCCUUUUGGGAAUAUUACAUUCCUCCACCGAAGCCAUGGCGAGAGGUUCUUGGAUACUUAUGGCAAUCAGCGUAUCCGUCGAAAUAACCCGCAAGCUCGUCUAGUUUUGCUUGGUAGGGAAGUUCAAUGCAGAAAGAGUAAUAGAAGUCCAAAUUCCUUUCUAUUGAAAUCCUUGCUCAAGACAGCCGAGGACGAAAAACUUCAAGAUGAAGACGACGAUCACGAACAACCGCUCCCCAUGAGCAAGGAUGUUACAUUCGAACUUCGCGGUCUUUCCUGUGGCCACUAUGAAUAUCCAAAUGGUGCAUUCACAUACACCCCAGAUAUUGAUUGGCAAAAUGAAGGGGUAGUCAAAUUUGCUAGGGAUACUCUCAUCGUCUCACUCAAGUCCCACGUCGGUCCUCUCAGAGUGGAAGUCCCCUAUCGUACCAUUGAGGAGAUAAUCGUGUCGCAGCGACCGACGACCUUCACAUUGACACUUUGGGAAGCACCUCGAUUAUUUGAGGACAAUGCACCUAGCUCUGCUUCAGGUGCGAUCAGAAUUACGAAGACUCGGCUAAGCCAGCUGCCUCACCUUAGCGGAAGCCAUGGGGAGAUCUUAGGGCAAUCUCUCGUCUAUCGCGCCCAAGUCUCUCCAGCUGGUUUUCACGCCAAGCUGGAACAUCUAAAGGAAAAGGAGAAACUUAGUUUCUCGUACUUUGACUUCCCGGAAAUUUUGUACGGCCGAACCUAUAUGGCCGAUGAGAUGAAGACAUUCCGGGGUCUUCUUGACGAAUAUUAUGCCAAUUCCAUUGUUCCCUUUGACGUCUUAUUUCAAUUUCAAGCCCUCGUGCAGAAUGGAUAUUUACUGCCUCAAACGGUUGGAAUCUUGCUGAAACGCAUCCGCCAGAUGGCACGUGUACCCUCGACUAACGGAUCUUCAAGCAACACAUCCGGCAAAACUUCUAAUCUAUCUAUGUCCUGUCCCUUUUCUGCAGGCGCAGUGAAGAAGCUUUUCAAACAGACACCUUUUCCUGGUCCAGACACCAGUGCAAGCACGUUUAGUCCAGACGAUAUUUGGUCACUCCUUGAGUCCAACGAAAAAGAGAUCCGCCAGGGUACCGCCGAAGAGCUGAUAUCUGAGAGGGUAGGUCGGAAUCUUGUCAUGGUUUAUAAGGUGGAGGUUACCCCCACUAGAAUCAUCUUGCUAGGGCCUGAGCCUGAGGCAAAGAAUCGAAUACUUCGGAAGUUUCCCAACCAUAUCGGCUUCUUUGCGCGUGUCCAAUUCUGCGAGGAAGAUGGGCAAGAUGUGUUCUUCAAUGCUCAGGUGUCCCUCGAUCAUAUCUGGAGUCGAUUCAAAAGAAUCCUCCUCAAAGGGGUUCAUAUCGCCGGCCGAGAAUAUCUAUUCUUAGGGUUCUCACAUUCCUCGCUUCGAGCACACGGCGUAUGGUUUAUGGCUACUUUUGUUGACCAUAACUCGAAUUUCCAGACUUAUUUCUCAGUAAUCAAAGAUCUUGGGAAAUUUAGCAAGAUUCAAUCACCCUCUAGAUGUGCUGCUCGGAUUGGGCAAGCCUUUUCCGAAACCCCAUUUGCAGUUGACCUUCAGGAGCUCGGAGCGACAUGGGAGUUUAUCCCAGAUGUAAAAUCUCACGAUGGAAGUCGGGUCUUCAGCGAUGGUGUUGGCACAUUGUCGAGGUCUUUGAUGGAGGCCAUACAAGCUGCCCUACCGCAGAAUAGGGAAACUACUACGUGUUUCCAGAUUAGAUGGGGUGGUGCUAAAGGAAUGCUUUCUUUGGAUGACACUCUUAAAGGCAUGGUCAUGCGCAUCAGGCCGGAAAGCAUGGUCAAAUUUGAAAGCGAGGACCUUCGUUUCCUAGAAAUCUGCGAUAUGGCAAACAAGCCCAUUCCCCUUGUUCUAAAUCGUCAGAUGAUCAAGAUUCUAGAGGAUAUGAAAGUCUCAGAACAAUGGUUUCUCGAUCUGCAGAACCGCGAACUUACACGACUCCGUGAGAUCACCGCUCACAUCCAUAAUACCGUGACAUUUCUCAAGAGACAGAAAGUUGCAGAGCAGAUCAACUUCUCUAAGUUCAUUCGCCGUCUCACUAGAUUGGGCAUCGAUUAUAGAAAAGAUGCCUUUCUCUGCUCCAUCGUGGAAACCGUCGUCCUCAAAGAGGUACGCCUUCUCAAACAUAAGGCCAGGAUUCCGGUCGAGAAAGGUGUCACAUUGUUUGGUGUCCUAGACGAAUUCAAUUACUUGGAAGAGCAUGAAGUCUAUGUCACCUUUGAAAAUGAAAAACUCUCCAGAAGUCGUGGCCUAAACCUGCAUAACAAAUUAGUGUUGGUAACCAGGUCUCCAGCUCUCCAUCCUGGAGACAUCCAGGUACGAAGAGCAGUAGUUCCUCCGCCAGGUCAUCCACUCCGCUCGCUCUCCAACUGUAUCGCCUUUAGCCAGAAAGGGUCGAGGGACCUUCCUAGCCAACUCAGCGGUGGUGACCUUGAUGGUGAUAUAUACAACGUCAUUUGGGAUAAGGAAGCGGUUUUUUCGUUGGAGGGAGUGUUCAAAGCAGCUGAUUAUCCUCUAGUCAAGCCCAAGAACAUUGGUCGUGAGGUCACUCGAGAAGAUAUGACAGAUUUUUUCGUCGAUUUCAUGGCAACCGACCAAUUAGGUGUAAUCGCUACUAAACAUAUGAUUCUUGCUGACAUGAAGAAUGCCGGUACUGCUGACAAUGAAUGCCGGCUUCUGGCCGAGCUACACUCUACCGGUGUAGAUUAUAGCAAAUCAGGCAUUCCGAUCGAUGUCAACAAACUCCGGAACUUGACGCGAACGAAUUACCGUCCAGAGUUCUUGGCACCAGCUCCCCCUGCAAAAAUCGUAGGUCGGACGGAGGUUGUCUUUGAAACUCAAAGACCCACUUCUAUUGAUGAUGACGAAGACGAAGAUGGCCCAAGACACAAAUAUUAUAGAUCGGACAAAGUUCUUGGGAAAUUGUUUCGAGCUAUCGAUGAGAAGAAGAUCUGGAAGAAAGACAUCCAUCAGAAUAUUGACCGUCAUGGAUAUUCAGUUUGGGAUCAAUUAAUCUGGAACAUCCAGAACCGAUGUAGAGCACUAAGGAGAGUUAAUUGGAAGGCAGCUCUAGACGAAGCCCAUCGCAUCCGAGAGGCUUACGACGAUGCGAUAUGGAGCGCGACAAUGGAUUACUCGGAUAACUUCACCAAGGGCUUGACGGAGCUAGAGGUCUUUACUGGCUGCAUCUUCAGCAAGUCAGGUAUCCAGACCCGGCGUCAAAGAGAUAAAUCGAUCCGGCUUAAGGACGAGUACGACAGAAUUGCAAAAUGGGUCGAGGGAGUGAUCCGCAAGAAGGAGGUGAAAAUGCGGGAAGAUGAAGAUAACGACAGUCAUGCCGACGCUGACGAGCUCAAUGACGAGCCCGCCAGUCGUGAUGUGACUAACCUGGAUCCCGGCCUCGCAUUAUCGGCGCUCGAAUUGAGCAUUGCUUGUCUUCACGUGAGCACCGAGCAGUCUGACAACUUUGGCAGAAGCAAAGUCGACUUCCAGAGCUUUAAGAUAGUUGCUGCUCAAUGCGCGCUAACAGAGUUGGAUCUCGCCCUUGCGCGGCAAGAAGCUGCUCUAGCAGCGGAUCUGGUGGCAGCAACUUCGAGCUUUCCUCAUAUAAAAAUCUCCGAGUCUCGAAACAGAUAGUACAGUUGGGAGAUGCUAAUGACAUGUAUGAAUGGUUGAUUUAUGUUCGGUUGGUCAGCUACGUAUGGUUUAGCACGUUUAUGGUUACUUACGAGAGGAUGAGAUGAGAUGUCAGGUCGGCCAUUGGCUUAUCAGAUACUUUCCUUGGGUUACUUGAGAGAUGGUUCAUCUAGGUUGCCGCUUGGUGCUACCAGAUCCAUAACCUCAUACGAUGAUACGCGAAUUCACUUUUAAUAAUCCCAAUACAAAUAGGAAGACCUCUUGUGAACAAGACCGCAAAGGCCUUUUUUAACGACUUGGAGAGCAGGUACAGAAUGGGCCGCAAGUAAAGCCGUGGAAACUUUUCAAUUCCAACUCGACUCGACCCAGCUGGUUCUUCGGCCUAUUUAUCUCGACUACCUCGUACAGCCCUUGAUGCAUGUCCCUGUUUGACGGAGGGAGUUUAGUAACUUAUAUACAGCUUCAAACGUAGUAGCCGGUAGC